UACACCUGUUGUAUUCAGCAUUUCACUGUAAUGUCUACUACACCUGUUGUAUUCAGCAUUUCACUGUGAGGUCUACUACACCUGUUGUAUUCGGGUCAUGUGACUAAUAACAUUUGAUUUGCAGAACCCUCAUAUUCAAUAAGGCUGUUCUUAUUGAAAGAACUGAUGUCCAUUAUAUGAACACAAAUAAUAAAACGAGACCAAUUCAUGAUUUUGAAAGAUUUUUUGGUUAUAUUCAUCAUUUAAUAAUUGCACAGAACAUGUCUCUGUAUACUCCUCGCCAGCCUAUGUCAUGACUUCUCCCUACAUACCUCACUUGAGUUGCUCGAAGUAUUUCAAAACAUAGUCUACAGGUUGCAGCCAGCCCUUGAGUAUUUGAAUACGUUGUAUCUUUGGCGCCAGACCUUGUGUUAAUCAUCUCCUAGAAUGUGCUUGGUUGUAAUUUCUCAUUGGUCACUGUGCUGACCAAUGCCCGACCUGACAAUACUCAGACGUCGUCGCCAGAGCUCGCUGCUUGUGCGCUCACCGCGACAAGUUUAGAACGCGACAACAGGAUUUGAUCUGUAUAACUGUUGUGGAUUUGGCCAAAAACGGAACCAUCAGACUGCGGAGAAAUAGUUGGAAAGUAACGAAAAUAACGAGAAGGUUUCCCGAAGGCAGUUAUUCUCCUAGUCUGCUCUUAUUUGUGUAUAAAGUUGUAAACCAUGCAUUGUUUGAAAAUAUUACGGGUGACCAACGCAGCAGCUGUGCAAACCUUUGUGACAGACGCCACUAAAAAAGUGAUCAAAAAGUGUUGUUAUAACUGUUUAUUACCGGGUUGUCAUCGUACCGUUAAAAUUCACUGUUUCAACACAAGUUCAACAGAUCAGCACCGCAUUGGAACAACCUCAGAUAUGGACCACGUGCUUCCCAAACUGAGCGGUGAUGUAAAGGGUCUGUUCUCAGGAGUCGAAGAUAUGCUUUUCUACACCAUUACAGACGGUCAGGAACAAGUCCCCGUCUCACACUUUAUCUCUGCCCUGAAGAAAACUGGUCUUAAUGCGUCAGACCCCCGACUGAAGGACUGUAUGGACAAGCUGCAACGUUCCGUAACGGAGUCCUUUCAUGACGUCAUGAUGGACCGGGAACUCUUCCACAAGUGUGUUGGUGGGAACAUAGUGCUUCUGAUUCAGGCCUUCAGAAAGAAGUUCAUCAUCCCCGAGUUUGAUGCCUUUAUAACAAAGAUAGAUCAAAUCUACGACACCGUCCAGAAAAACCAUGACGGACAUGUAGCAGUCUACAUUCCCCACCUGGCCAAGUUCAGUCCUGAUCUCUGGGGUGUGUCUCUGUGUACUGUAGAUGGACAGAGACACUCAGUAGGAGAAAGCAAGCAGCCCUUCUGCCUCCAGUCGUGUGUGAAGCCUCUGGAGUAUGCUGUGGCCAUCCACGAGGCUGGGACAGAGAAGGUACACCGCUAUGUGGGGAUGGAGCCCAGCGGACUCAAGUUCAACAAGCUCUACCUGGAUGAGGAAGACAAACCCCACAACCCCAUGGUGAAUGCUGGAGCCAUUGUCAUCAGCUCUCUUAUCAAGCCUGGCUCGAACAAGGCAGAGAAGUUUGACUAUGUGAUGGAUUUCAUCAAGAAGAUGGCUGGUCAAGAGUACGUGGGGUUCAGCAAUGCCACGUUCCAGUCUGAAAAAGAAACAGGCGACAGAAAUUUUGCAAUUGGAUAUUACCUCAAAGAGAAGAAGUGUUUUCCUCGUGGGGCAGAAAUGAUUGAUGCACUGGACUUCUACUUCCAGCUGUGUUCCAUAGAGGUGACCUGUGAGUCUGGGAGUGUCAUGGCCGCCACGUUGGCCCAUGGGGGCAUCUGCCCAAUCACAGGCGAGCGGGUGCUGAGUGCCGAGGCCGUACGGAAUACCCUGAGUCUCAUGCACUCCUGCGGCAUGUACGACUUCUCUGGGCAGAUGGCCUUCCAUGUGGGCUUGCCUGCAAAGUCUGGGGUGUCUGGAGCGGUUCUGUUGGUUGUCCCUAACGUCAUGGGAGUGAUGUGUUGGUCACCUCCUUUAGACAAGGUUGGAAACAGUGUCCGAGGAAUACACUUCUGCCAGGAGCUGGUGUCUUCGUUUAACUUCCACAACUAUGACAACCUGAGACACUUUGUCAAGAAGCAGGACCCUCGAAGGCAGGACGGGGACGAUAGGAACAAGUCUGUGGUGAACUUGAUGUUUGCGGCCUACAGUGGAGACGUGUCAGCCCUCAGAAGGUUUGCUCUGUCCUCGAUGGACAUGGAGCUGAAAGACUAUGACUCUAGGACAGCUCUACACGUGGCUGCAGCAGAAGGUCAUGUAGAAGUGGUACGGUUCCUAACAGACACCUGCAAAGUGAACCCCUUUGUGAAAGAUAGGUGGAGCAGCAUUCCCCUGGACGAUGCCCUGCAGUUUGGCCACGGUGCCGUGGUGAAGGUCUUACAGGAGUACCAGGUGGCUUGCCAGGAACAGGACAGACUACCAGUGGCUGAUAUCAUCCCCAUCCCCCCUAAACUAGAGACUGUAGAAGGCAUGGUGUGAUCAGGGGGGGGGACGUUGGGAUCAGGCUCUACCAUUAGAAGAGCUGAUCUACCAUCAGUUUUGCCGCAAUGAAACAGAUAAUUAUAGACAUUGAGGACCUGAUCCUAGAUCAGCACUCCUACUUGAUAAAUCAUUAGGCCCCAAACGGAAGAAAACCUACUGAAACACGGAGGGACUUCAAGUCCAAUAACAAACACUCAUUUUAGUUUUCAGUUGCAAAUGGUAGUGUCCGAAGUGGCACUCUAUUUUAUAUAGGCCUUUAGUGCAUUCGUUUUGGUUAGUAGUGUGUAUAAGGAAUGGGGAUGCCAUUAGGGACACAACCCUCAACACGCUUAGAAAAGGGUAUCUAGAACCUAAAAGGGUUCAUCGGAUGUCCCUAUUGGAGAACCCUUUGAAGAACCCUUUUUGGUUCCAGGUAGAACUCUUUUGGGGUUCCAUGUAGAACCCUUUUCCACUGAGUGUUCUACAUGGCACCCAAAAGGGUUCUUCUACUUGGAACCAAACAUUUUUAAACCUGGAACCAAAAAGAACCCUUUUGGAACCUUUUUUUCCCCCUAAGAGUUUAUUGUUACUCCAUCCCCCAGGACUUGUCUCUCUGACGUCCCUGGGUGUGUCCCAAUAAUAUCUACUUUCUCCUGAAGUGUACACUUGUUCACUACUUCCCACAAAUCUAAAAGCAUUGGAUUGGUGGAGGCGUGGGCUAGUGGGUGUUUCCACCUUAUUUCUUAUACCAGUCAGUGUUCUUCAAAUCAGUGAAAUGCACGCUUUGGGAGGAAGGAGAGAUCUUUGGGACAGACUCCCUAUCUUGUAUGCAAUAUUUACUCCUCUCCUAGGCUGGAUUUAUAUACAGGAGGACACCUGAGAGUGAGGCUGGACAUGUACAGGAGACCUGUGAGUGAGUGUUGGAGAAGUUCAACAUCGUGAGCGGGACGUUCAGUGUUCUAUGACGAAAUAUUUGUCGACAUUCUAUUUUUCCUGACUAAAACUAUGCCUAUAACGAGACGAGGUGCCCUCGAAAAUAUAACUAUGACAAAUGUUUUUCUUCGUUUGAGUUGAUGGAAAUGUAACGAGAUUUGACGUGACGCCCCUUUCUAAUCUGUUUUGUCCAAUCAGAAGCAUGCAUACCUUGGCAGAAUAUUUAAUUAAAUUCUCUUAUUGGCUGAUAACACCGGUCAUGCGCCCGGGCUACUUGAGUUUAUAGCCCUACCAGUCUUUCCAACACACACAGCUCCCAGGCGGUCGCUUCAAUCGUCUAUUUGUUUAACUGCUGCUCAGAUAACUUCUAAAUUGUAACUAACCUCUAUUCUGUUAAGAAACAAUCAUGUUCAUAUUGGAUAUUUUUGACGUUGAUCACAUCCGAAGCUAUACGUUGCCAUUUGCGCUGCUAUUCAUUAGUGUUGCCGCUCUCACGGUACGCAAAUAAAAGUCGCAGUGGCUUUUUUUCCGAUUGGAAAUACUACUGCUAUUUACUGAAUAUCAGGAAUACAGCAAUAAUUCUGUCUUCGUUGGAAAGCUCUGAUUCUCCCCCUUUUUCAAUCGAGUCACUGUUAUUAAACCCCCUCUGGCGGUUAUGAUGGGUAGAAAACCACAGCUGUUAAUUGGUUAACCUGUAUCCAAUCACGGCUAUUGUUACUUCCACAAUAGCAAUUUUGCCAGCUACGUUAUAGGAGGGUAUACACACUAUACUAGUAAGCCUAGUUGGACAAGGCUGAAUAAGCACACGAUCAAAGUUAGGGAGAAGACUAAAAAUGUGUUAUUUAGUGGAAAAUGCAUUGAUUAAAAUAUCACUAAAACUACACAACAAUUAUCCAGUUUUAGUCGACUGAUAGUUUCUAAAAGGAUGAAAUGGCUCAAAUUUGACAAAAAAAAAAAAAUAGCUGACAAAAUGAAUACUGCUGGUUACCAGUCUGUGUGCCAUCAAGGCAUAACACGUUUGGCACGACCAGGAGUGGACAUGAUAGCACACACACAUCUGGGACCAGACUACAUAUAAAGAGGCGAGUUGCCUUGGUAGUGUUUUUUAGCGAGGGGGACUUUUUGCCAAUUAACACACAGCUGGUCUGUCAAGAAACAGCUUUGUCGUUCUCGUCUGUGCACUUGGUGUUUACGUGUAUGCUGCAUCAGAGAGCACCGUUGGCUUUGCGGUUUACCAGUGAAGAUUAGCAUUAGCUGAUACAUGAGGUUGUGCUACAAGGGCGCAACAGACAGACACUUCUAAGACCCAGUAAUGAUGACGGGGUUCAGAUAUC